GCCCAGGGAAUGCAACUCUGCACAGCGAUGCCUGAGACGACUGGGCCACCCGUGCCCCAAGACUCGAUUAAACAUAGGUAGUGACUGGUCCUAAGCAUAUCAAUGGCUCAAUAAAAACUGCUAAAUGUCCUUGUCAUGUUAUGUGGCCCUCGCUUUGUUUCACAUGAGAAUGUUAUUGUCAUUGUGUUUCAGUAGACAAGAGUUCUGAAUUUGAUUUUGUAUCCUGCUUUUUAACAUUUGACUUAUGUCUGCAAUGUGACUAUAACGUAUCAAUAUAUACUCGCCGCCAAAAAGAAACGCGAACGAUAGAAACAUAUAGAGAGAUAACUACGCUAUGCAUAUGUUUCCAAAGCAGUCAAGUGUUACCAUGGAGUGACUUUCUUAUUACGAUAUGCGACACGAGAUUUCCAAACUUAACACGUUAAUCCUGCACGAGACAAAUCUGGUCAUGGAUCUAUCACGUCACAUGUGAUGCAUUCAUGAGCGUCAGUUGACACAACAUACCCGUAUGUUCGUUUGCGCAUAGGACAAAACUACUAUCUUCUGUCUCUUGAAUAUGAGCAUGUCUUCAUAUCUUCAUAUAUUAACCAUCAUACACGAUAUUCGCGUUUCUUAUUGCGGUGAGUAUAUAAAGCUAAGAUCAAGUUUUGGUUGCGAAAUCACCUUUCUUCCUCGUGUUUCAGUAUUUGCAUAUAUCAAUGUAUUUGAUAGUAUUUUCUUCCGUGAUAUUUCUCAUUUUCCUCGUUUGAUGGAAGAUGAAAGUAGUAGUGUGUCAUUAAUUGAAAUGUAAAGUAGAUGAUUAUAGUGAGACAGAAGGAUACAGGAGGCCGUCGUUUUUCAGCAAUAGCAAGUAUAUUAUACUACUUCUUUCUUCAAUAAUAUAGUUUUAAACACUCAUAAGACGACGUGUUGACAGUGUAUAAGCUAUGCGGACACCGUAUGUCAAAGCCAUAUCGUUGCCCUAAGAGAACAAAAUACCCAACCAACAUUUGCGUAAACCUUUUCUGAAAUAAUCAGUAAGAAAACUCGCCUUAUAAUGUACUCAUGUCUGGUUGUAGCACAUGAUGUAAUAACACAAGAACGUGUUUUCUUGCAUGUUGCCACACCUUCAACCAGCUACACCAUGUGCUCAACGUACUGCACGUGUGUUCAUCAGAUAAUAUGUUCAUGUGUUUCAGAAAACAAACAUGACUGUGCUGACCAACCUCUGCAGCAUCUACCUGGCUAUGUCGAUAUUCGCAACCAAAUGCAACGACAACCAACACUGUUCAGACUGUAACAGUACAACGGGACACUGCAUCACAGGCUGCGAGUCUGGAUACUACGAUAAGAAAUGCAUGUCUGUGUGCGGCAAUAACUGCAGAAAUAAGAAGUGUAUAAUGUCCAACACUGGCAAUGAUUAUUGCACUGAGGGAUGUGUCCUAGGGUAUCAAGGUCCGGGGUGUGGCAAACCGUGUUACAACCCAGGAGGUACCUGUACUGCAUGUCCAGGUGGGUGUGAUGGAGGAUAUUGUCAGCUGGGCUCCUCCUGUGUGUCUGGAUGUGUAGACUCCUACUACGGAACUUGCGCUGUCAAAGUAAUUGAUAUGAACUUAAAAGGGAUGAGAAACAUAACGGUUAUUGACAACGAAACUGUCACCUUCCGGUGUGUGGUUCAGGGAUAUCCGCCACCAGACGUGGUGUCUAUUGUCCAUGCAGGAAACCACAUACCUGCCAUGGACAUGGUUAGAAAGAAUAACACUGUACAUGAACGUGCUGUACGUAUCAGCAGCUGUUCCCAACUUGGGAGGUAUUACUGCAGAGUGACCAGCUCUUCUGGCAUAUUUGAAAACCAUUUACUGGCUGUAGAGUUGCAGGCAAGUCCAAGGAAACACGUUGUAAAUGACUGUGAAACUGAAGCUCCUCAAAACGGAAAAGCGCCUUCUGGGAGAAUAACAUUCACUCUGUGUGCCUACCCAGACCCUGUAUUAAUUAAAUUGCAUUUUGAAAGGCAUAAGCCUCCAAAAGACAUCACACACAUUAAUAAGUACAAUUACGCUAUGAAGAUGUUAAUGUCAAACAUCUACGAGUAUACACUCACCAUAUCCAACAUUGCUGAGGAGGACUUCGGGGCAUAUACUUUCAGCUUUGCUUACGACGAACGAGAAAUUGAUAUACUCAUCAUUGCUUCCCAGCCGAAAGAAAGUACGGAUCUCGCCUUUUGUUCUAUUGCCAUUAUUAUCGGGACCUCUGUAGUGUGCAUCCUGCUAGUCUUCAUUGCUGUGGCCUGCCUCUUACGUUGGAAGAAUGACAAAGACUACUGGAAUGCCAGGUGUGUUCAGCCCUACAUUACACCUACACACAGUACACAUGUGACACUGGAGAAUAGUGAUGGUCAAGGCUACGAAGACAUUAGAGAUUCCAGAGUGUGACAACAUUCACAUGACACUGAUGGGGGUGGAAUUCUAUACCAUUGUGAGUCAAAAUGAACAGUUUUGCAAAGGUACAUCUGCUGAAUAAACUUCAUCAUAUACUAAUGCAUGACUUAAGUCAACAGAGCUGGGAUGUACUGAGGUUCGUGUUGCUGUCCUCAUUGUCGCCGUGAUCACAACGAAUGCAGAUGCAUAUUUAACUAUGUAUUUGCAUUUAUUACCGUAAAUUAUACAAUUUAUGUAUGCAUGUCCGCCUUAAGCAUCGGUCAGUUCACAGGCGUGAAUCCAUUA